UUUGCUGUUAUGACUUUGUGUAUUCAACCUUAUUUUAUUUUUGAAACAAAUGCACAAGUUUACUAGGUGUUCAUUUUAUUCUUGUUAAGGUCAAAAACAUAUAUAAUGUGUUAAACAAUGGAUCAUUCGAUGAAUACAGGGAAUAGUUUUGCCGUCCCAAACCAUGGCUGCCUUAAGUUUGCUGAUCAGGAUGAAGUAGAUGAUUUUGUUGAUCAAUAUAGCAAGUCUAAUAACAAAAGUUGUCAGAUAUUUAAGGCAGGAGAAGUUACAGAAGCACUUCACUCCAAAGGAAAAAAUCAACUUUUUGAUGAAAAAGGAGUGUUUGGUAGUUGUUGCAGUCGGCAUUCACACCUUGGACGAUAUUUCAGCACUAAAUAUGGGGAAAGAAUUUCGUAUACGCUGUUCCUAAUCCAAAGCAUUUUAAAAGAUGCUGACCAAAGUCCUGGUGUUGAUUUAAAAUAAUGUAUGAUAUUGGAUGUGUAUUAUCAUCACAUUUAAAGGCAAACAAGAGGCAUGACAUUUUGUCAAAAGUGUCAAUUUCGGUGCCGAUAUUUCAUUGUUAUGGACACAAGGCUUCAUGCCAGGUCAAAUUCAGUCCUAGAAGGCUCGAUGGUUUUGGUCUUACAGAUGGUGAGGCUAUUGAAAGGCUCUGGGCUUACCUUCGUGGGUUCUCUGCAAUUACUAAGGAGAUGUCUGCCAGUAGAAGAGUAGAUCUUUUGACAGACGCGCUUCUUCAGUUAUCUCGAAGAAAUUUUAGCAAUGCAGGAAAAUCGUUAACGUCGAAGCUUAAAAAAUGUCUACAACUUAAAAUUAAAACGCAACAAGAAAUGAAGAAUUUAUUUAGCGAACUACCUGUGACGUACGAUCCUGAAAUUGUUUGUCAGUGGGAGGCCAAAGAGAAGGAAAUUAUGUCAAGAGUCUACCCAGAACAUAAAGAAACCACGGAGAACUGGAAAGUGACGUACGUUCAAAAGCUACUGCAUUUUAAACAACUAAGUGCUACAUUAUUCGGAUGUUUUGAAGAAAAACAUCAGAUAACAUCUGAAGAUUACUCAAUUGAUCAGAUGUCGAAAAAACUAUACCAGUUUCGAAAGAUUUUAAAAGAUAUUGAACGAAAGCAUUCUGUAAAAGAAAGAUGGAAACCUGGUCAUCCUAAUUUUGACGUCGUUGCAUUGCAAGUCAUACAAAGAAAACGAAAAGAUACUAUCGGAGCUUUACAUAGACUUUCCAUAGAAAGGCAUUUCUUAAUAACAUUGAGAAAGAAGUAUGCAGAUGGUCAGAAAAUUGCCACUCGCUUGUCCAGGCAAAUCACCAAGAUCACGAACAAGAUGAAAUUAACAAUUGAGAAACACAAUGCUGCCAUUGAUUCUCUUCGUGAUUUUAUAAACAGUUUACCCGAUCGUCUGACAUUUGACAAAGCGAAAGAUCCUACAUCAGACCUUUAUGAGGGAUUUGAGUCUGAAGUUACAGAAGCACUUCACUCCAAAGGAAAAAAUCAACUUUUUGAUGAAAAAGGAGUGUUUGGUAGUUGUUGCAGUCGGCAUUCACACCUUGGACGAUAUUUCAGCACUAAAUAUGGGGAAAGGUUAGUGUCUUAGCCUUGGUUUGCACGUAAUUAUCAAUAUUCUUGAUCUUUGAUGAGGUAGUAUAGAGAACAAAUCGUCGGGUUAUAAUUUCUUUUCCUGUGUCAAUUUUGAAAUGGAGGGACAAAGGACAAAACGAUUCUGUGCUAACGAGAUCUAUUAUUACCCUUUAAUAAUAACA